AUGAAACUAGUUCGGUUUUUGAUGAAACUCAGUCACGAGACUGUUACCAUUGAGCUUAAGAAUGGCACCCAGGUCCAUGGCACCAUCACAGGUGUUGACGUGAGCAUGAACACGCAUCUGAAGGCUGUCAAAAUGACCCUAAAAAACCCCUGCCGCUGGACACACUGCUGGUUGACAUUGAGCCAAAGAUCAAGUCCAAGAAGAGGGAAGCAGUGGCCGGUCGCGGCAGAGGCAGGGGCCGGGGACGCGGUAGAGGCCGGGGCAGAGGCAGAGGUGGUCCCAGGAGAUGAGCCAUUCCUCACACAGCUUCUUGAGGAAGAAAACUUCAUCUAUUUUGCGUAUGGAAGCAAUAUGUUAAGCAAAAGACUGCAGCACAAAAACCCCACGGCGCUGUUUCACGUUACCGGACGACUGAAGGACUAUGAACUCAAAUUUGGCUACUGGAAGGAUAACGUGUCUUGUGCUUGGCACGGUGGGGCAGCUACAAUUGAGAACAGUCCUGGUGCAGAAAUGUGGGGAGUGGUAUGGACUAUUAACAAAGCAGACCUCUCAUCACUGGAUAACCAAGAAGGAGUCAAAUAUGGAGUGUAUUCACCCCUGGAGGUGUCUGUGGAGACUGAGCAUGGUCCAGUACUGUGCAGGACUUACAAGAUGAAUAAUUUCCGCCCGAUUCUUCCAUCCCCACAGUACAAAAAGGUUAUGUGUUUGGGGGCGGAGGAAAAUGGACUGCCAGCCGACUACCUCAGCAAACUGAACAGCGUUGAGACUAAUGGCUACAGCGGCCCAUCGUUACUCGAUGAACUGAAUCUUUAG